AUGGCGCGAGCAGGGGCACCAGGAGCAGGGGCAACAUCAGUACCCAGUGGUGGGUUGUUGGAAGAAUGGAUGAAUGUAAUAUUAAAGGAAGCGCAGAGUGGUAGCACGGGUACUCCACUAACGGCGGACACUGCUGUAGACUACUUAAAGCAGAAAUUAAUGGGAACAUGGAAGGAAUUGGAAGAUUGGCUCACGCAUGAGGGAUCAAAUGAGAUGGGAACACUCUGCGAAGAUGCCGCGGCUUCCGCGAGGGCGGGAUCCUCCGAGGAGCACUAUAGGAAAAAUUUAUGUAAAGGAAUCGCGGAAAUAAAAUAUUUCAUGAAUGGAAUAGGGACAAGGAGAACCAUCGGAAUUAAUGGUAAAGGAACUGACAAAGAUGAUGACCCCGUUAUUACGACCUUGGACGAUGCUCAAGCUUAUCCACGUUGUAUUGUUGGAUCAGUUGCUCUGAAUGAACUAUACGGGGAUCACUGUAAGUUGAAUGAAGUCAUAGGACACGUAUCGGACAAAAUGGAGAUGCAGUUACGGACACACGCGAAGGCUGCCACGAACUUCGAUAAAUGUGCGGGCAUUACUCGUAGGGAUAUAAUGUUCGGUAGAACACUUCUCCAUGAUGAAAUCAAGAGAUGGGCAGGGGAUCAAAGAAAGGAGGGAGAGAACGGGAAGGGGAACUGGCGGGUAGCAUAUGUGUGGAAGCUGCGGGGAAAUGUCUGUAAGGAGCAGAAGAAAGGGGACCUGACGAAAUUGCAGCAGCAGAGAAAAGAGAAUGCAGCAGUUACGACGAACUUCCUGAAACUGGACAACAGGGAAACCGCAGGAAGUAGUGGCGGGGCGACCCUAGCAGAAGUAUUAUCCGACGGGAACUACAAAUUAGACACGAAUACAUUAGCAGAUGCACUUAAUAAUGUAAUAAAGGAUGGAAAAGUGGAAACUGCAAAUGUGGCCAAGGUAAUGGAAAAGUUAGAGGAGGCAACCCAGAAAAAUAUAGGAGCAGGGAGUGGGCUGUUAGAAAAAUGGCUGCAGCACCAUGCCAAUGGACUAACGACAGGGAAGGAUCUGUCGCAGGCGGCCAAGGAAAUUACCGAGAAGUUGAAGAGUGAUUUGAACGUAACGUGGGAAGAUUUGAGGAGUAGAUUGGGGUCACAGGAAUCGACUGAAAUCGCGGGUCUAUGUGGGGGGGCAGGUAAAUUGACCGACCGCGGGGGCACGUGGGAGCACAGCAUGAAGGAAUUCUGCAAGGGGAUGGUAGAAGUUCGAUAUUUCACGAGCGGAGUGAAGAAAGGGAAUACAAGAUCGAAGGUGGAAGUUGAAGCAGUGCGAGAGCACGAGUGGUAUCCGCGUUGCAUUGUUGCCGCAGUCACCCUAUCCACGAUUUAUGGUAAUCACUGCAAAUUGGGUCCAGCAGUGGACUUGGUUAAAUCAAGUGUAGAGGGUAAAUUAAAAGGGAAACAGGGGCUGAAUGAUAUGUUCGAUAAAUGUAAAGGACUUACAGACAGGGACAUAUUGUUCGGUAAAUCCAUUCUGGGUGAUGAAAUCAAGAGUUGGGCAGAGGAAGAUAGGGGAAGGGCGGCACAGUACGACAAGGAUCUGGCGGAAUACAAUGCGGCGCGGGGGCGGGGGGCGGGGGGUUUGUCCAGUCCUCAAAAUAGGGCAAAGGGGAGAGUGGGAGUAGUAAUGCAAGAUAGGAGGAAAUUUUGUAAACCCAAAGAGCAGGGUGGGCAGGAGUUGAAUGCAGAAGAGCAGUUAAAGGUGAAUACGAAGAGUAUGGCAUCUUUCUUACUAAUAGGGGACAGCGCCAAGGUUGGGAGUAGUGGUUCACCAAAUCCAUUCGAUAUUUUAGUGAAUGAUGAAUUAACUUUAAAGAAUGAAAUCAUAGAAGAAACACUUAAAGAUAUAGUCGCGGGCAGUAUUAAUGGUCAAGUGGACUCCAGCAAAGUACAGGCAGCAAUGCAGAAGUUAGGGAAGGAAGCUGAAAAAACACUAGCUGAAGCAUGCAUGAAAGACAGCAGCAAGGAAUUCUGCCAGCGCCUGCAAUGUGCACAAGAAUAUUGGAAAUUGAAGAACAACGAGCAGGGACAACCGGAUGGAGAUUUCUGGGGAAAACACGCCGAAGACAAAUUGAAGAAUCUCUUUGAUGUAACGACUUCUGGUAGUAGUACCACCACAGGUACCAACUGCGACACCAUUGCAGGCUUAGAUACUGCAAAUAAAGCAGCUUGCAAACUGUUUACUGCUAAAUUAGAACAUAUGUACAAAAAUGGGAGUGGUGGUUCUGACAAAUAUUCUGAUCAAAUGGUACAAUGUCUUUUAUUAAAUGCUUAUGCAAAAAAAUUAAAAGAUCAAGCAAAAGAAAAAGGUUAUUGUAGCAUAGACAAGGGGCUACAAGGGGCUUUCAGUAAAAGUAAAGAAAUUAUGAAUAGUGCAUCAGGUAAAUGCGGUCCUAAUGGUACUAAUUGUUUUGAAUGCAAAUGGGACGAAAAAACUGAAGGCGAACUUGACAAAUGCACCAUUCCCAAUGGCACCGGCCCAACGAAGGCAGUAAAUACCAAAGUGGUUGAACUGUUCCAGAACAACAACCAAACGAACAAGGACGAAAUACAGAAAACUUUGGCUAACUUCAAUAAAGAAAAUAAGUUAUGUGAACGAGUAAAUUGUGCAGCGCACUGGUGGGCCGAUAAAAACAAGGGGAAGGAACACACUGAUAUGUGGACCGAAGUCCAAAAGCAAAUCAACGAACUUGGAAAAUCCAUGUCUGACAAUCAGAACAACAGUUUAGACAGUCAUUGUGGUACCUUAAGCUGGAAGCAAAAAGAAGUAUGUCUCCUCUUUGCAAAAGGAUUAAAAUACAUGUACGAAAAUACAAAUGAUAACGGCAACGACCCUGCAGAAGCAUCAUUCAAACGAACCAUGAUGUGCGCAGCACUAAAUGCUUAUGCAAAUAAAUUAAAAGAAGAUGCAAAGACGAAAGGGGCAGGGAAGUGUGAUAUAGAGGGUGGUAUAAAAGGGGCUUUUGAGAAAAGUAGUGUCAGUAUGGGUAAUGGAGCAUCUCCAUGUAACGAUGAUAACAAUCCUGGUUGUUUUAAAUGCACAUGGGAUGACAGCACCUUUAAGAAUUGCAAAAUUGACACAAAUGGCAAUACAGGCAAAACGGAAGUAAAUAACAAACUGGAAGGAAUGCUUGACGAAGAAGACACCGGACUGAAGGAAUCUUUAGACAAAAUAUGUUUACCAUGUCUAGAUAAGGACGACCUAUGCGAGCGUUUCCAAUGUGUAUCUGAAAUAUGGUUAAAACAGAAGAAUGGAAACAGUGGCAAACCUUUGACAACAGACGACUGGAAGAAGGUGUGGGAAGGCGCUGACGGUGUAAAGGGGGAAUUAGGGGAACUCUCUCAGAAGAUACAACAGAAUAAGAGUAAUGUGAGCACUUACUGCAGUAGCAUCCAGCAGGAAGAAGGGAAGGAAGUAUGCGAGUUCAUUGCUGCAGGAUUAGAGAGUAUUUAUGAAAUUAAGGCAGGUCAAAAUGGACAGGGUAAGAGUACGAAGAAAGAUUUGGAAGAGCAAUUAUUUAAACGUACCAUGCGUUGUGUUUUAUUAAAUGCUUUUGCUGAUAAAUUAGAACAACUUCCAUGUAAGGAUGAAAAGAAAGUAAAGGACGCUAUAGAUAAAGCAUUUAAUGAUGAAAAUGAUGCUAUUAAGACUGCAAGUGAGGGUUGCAAGAAAGAUGGUGAUAAAUGUUUUAAGUGUGUUAGGGAAAAGAAUUUAAUGAGUUGCACAUUGAAUAGUGGCAAGGACAAAGUAAAUGAAAAAGUACAACCCAUGCUAGAGAAAGAUGAGACACUCAAGAAAGAAUCUCUGGAGAAGAAAAUAUGUAAACCAUGUACUGGGGAAAACAACGGGAAUUUCUGUACUCAACUUAAGUGCGUAGCAGAUAAAUGGGGAGAAAGGAAUAAAGCAAAAUCAAACGGAACGGUUACCUGGAAUGACAUGGAGAGUGACCUGAAGGGGAGAUUGGGGCCACUCCUAACUGACAUGAAUAAAACGCAGUAUCAGGAUCCUGACGGAAAAUACUGCACCGCCUGGAGCGAUAACGACGCCCAUGGCGUCGCAAACAAGACGGCUUGCAAGCUUGUUGCAGCAGGACUGCAGCAUAUAUCCAGUAUUCAGGAAUCCUACUCCAACGGUCAGGAGAACCCUUAUGAUAACCAAGAGUUUAAACAAUUAGUUUCUUGUUUAAUGUUAAAAGGCGUCGUACAAAAAAUGAAAGAAGACAGCAACUUUUGCAACAUAGAGCCCGGCAUAAACCGGGCAUUCGAGUUUGCAAAUGCCAUUAAAGAGGAACAUUGCACGAAUGAUAAACUUUGCAUUGAAUGCAAGUUCACGGACAGCUAUGAUGAUUGCCAAAUUGGAAACAGCCCAGAAGAAAAAGUAAAGGACAAAUUGGAUUCAUUACUCAAGGAUGAUAAACAUAAAGACAACGUCGAAGGAACCCUCACCGCAAUAACUAAAACACCCGGAAACAGUAGUUCCACUUUAUGUCUCCGUUUACAAUGUUUAGCAUCUCGAGUAAAUGCAUCCCCUAGUAAGAAUACAUUUUGGGAGAAGAAUGGUGAAGUUGGCAACUUAUGGACAGAACUAUCCAAGGAAAUGAACACAGAAGGCACAAAGGAUCAGAAUGGAUGUGAUAAAAUGGAAGAUAAUAAUGGAAGGGAUGCCACCAAACCUGAGAGGAAGGCAUGCAAUUAUUUGCAUGUCGGUUUAAGAAAACUGUAUGAUAUGACGAAGGGGUCGUCGACGACGGCGACGCCGUCGUCGCCAGGCAACGAGAAAAUCCUGGAUAAGAACCCACUGUUGAAACAAACAGUGGGUUGUUUAUUACUUCAUUCUUAUGCAAAGAAGAUGAAGGAAGACGCUAAAUGUUUAGUGGGUUCAGGAAUAAAGAAAGCUUUCGACACUGCUGUUAAAAAUCUUAAUGGUAGUUGCAAUGGCACGGAACCCUGUGUUCCGUGCCAUUGGCAAGAAGCCGACUAUGACAAAUGCCAAAUUACCAUAACUGGCACAUCUGACGAAACCACACAGACGCCAGUAAAGGACAAAUUAGAACAAGUUCAGCCCAAAAUUGACGUAACUGCCACUGAGACCCUAACGAAAAUAAAUGAAAUGACCACUUUAUGCGAUUACAUUAGAUGCGCCGGACCCAAGUGGUUCAAAAAUAAAAAAGAGACUAAUGGUACCUCUACGCAGACUUGGUGUGACUUUUGGAAUGACGCUGUGAAAACAACCCUAGAAGGGUUGUUCCAGAAGAUAGAGGAGGAAGGAAUGAACAAUGCAACCAAAACUGAUGGUCCAUGUAAAGAUUUUGGUGACGGUAAUGCUGAUAGUGUCGAAAGAAAAGCUUGUAAUCAUAUCACGGCAGGUUUAAAGUACAUUGAUGAUAUUAAGUCUAAUGUUAUUGGUGGUAGUCCUAAUGACCAACUGCUUCAACAAGCAGUUGGUUGUAUUGCUCUUAACCUUUACGCGGAUAAAAUAAAACAAAAAUCGAAAAAUAAAUGUCCCAUCGAUGAGAUAAAAAUAACAGAAAUGUUUAAUGAAUGGAAUAUAAUUAAUAAUUCUUCGUGUUUGACUGGUAGUGGUAAUAAUAAUUGUUUUCUUUGCACGAGGCAACCAGAUUUUGAGGAUUGCAACCUUCUCGUUGAUAAAGACUUAAUUGGAACAUCAACACAAUCAAAUGGAACUUGCAAUGAUAGCGAAGAAAAUAAAAAAGUCCAAGAGAAAAUGACCAAACUGCUCCAAGACAACUCCAUUAACACCAAAAUGCAACCAACAUUAGAGAAAAUAAAUAAAAUGGACACUUUCUGUAGUCGUUUACAAUGCGCAGCAAAACAAUAUUACGUAGAAGUCAAAAACAAAAAUGGAAAUAGCAGCAGAGUGAACUGGAAUGCCUUGAAAGAAGACAUCGGAAAGGAAUUAACGGCACUUUUAAAUAAUAUGAACGACGCUAAAAUGCAGUCGGACGCUGCCCAAUACUGCAAUGACGGCAGCAAAUGGAAUACUAAGGGCCAUACAGAAAGGCGAACAAAUAGAGCAGCUUGUUUGCAUUUUGCUGCAGGAUUGCAGCAUAUAUAUAAAAAUAAGACGAAGGGCCCUUUUAAGGGCCCAUCGUUUGAACAAACGAUGGGUUGUUUAUUUCUUAAAGAAUAUGCAAAACAAUUGAAAGACUUGGCAAAAGAAAAGAAAAAAGGACAUAGUUGGGUACAUCCCAAAUGUGACAUAAAGGAGGGGAUUGAUCACGCUUUUGGUAAAAGUAAAGACAUUAUGAAGAGUGUAUUACCUCAAUGCAGCAAAGAUACUAAUGGUAAUAAUUCUUGUUUUGUGUGCACACAAAACAACGAUUAUGGAACUUGCAAAAUUGGCAUUGACAGUGUAAAGGACAAUGUGGAACCACUGCUCAAAAAGAAGAGCGACUUAAUGGAAAAAACAUUAGAGAAUACAGUCUGUCCCAUCCUUCUUACGGAUCUCCUUACCCCUUUUCUUCCUUUGGCUCCUGUCUCUAUUGGCCUUUCUGCUAUGGCUUAUUACCUUUGGAAGUAUUUUGGUCCCCUUGGUAAAGGAGGAGCACGUUUUAGAAGAUCUCCUGCUGAAAUACGCGGUCCAUCCGUACAAGAACAAGUCCUUGAUCAUGUGCAGCAAGAUGGUCCACAUGAAUAUCAAUUGGUGAAGGAACGAAAACCUCGUUCUGCUCCAACGAGAACGAAACGUUCUGGUCCCGUGAAUCGUCGAACGAUUAUUGAAAUUCAUUUUGAAGUGUUGGAUGAAUGUCAAAAAGGCGACACACAAUUGAACCAGAAGGAUUUUCUGGAACUUUUGGUUCAAGAGUUCAUGGGAUCGGAAUUUAUGGAAGAAGAAAAGGUUCCUAAGGAAGAGGUUCCUAUGGAACUUGUUCCUAUUGAAGAGGUUCCAAGUUUAGGUUCCGGGUUACUGGUUUAA